AUGUUCAGCGAACCACGUAUCAGUGAAUCAAAGAGCAGUUGGGAUAAAGUAGACGAAAGUUUGCCAACAAUGAGUAUGUAUCGAACUUCAAAAGUUUUACCAUCACCGAAUGAACAAUUUUCUCCAACAACGCGUCCAUCUGAUGUUCAGGCAUUAGUAAGAUACAAUAAUAAUACACCAUACUCGUAUCCACCAGCUCUACGAGAAUCAUGGGCACCAACUAUAAUGACACAAAAUCCAUAUCCAACCGAUGCAGCGAAAAAAUCCAUGCUUCCAAGUAAAAAGUAUGUUAUACUGGCAUCUUUAAUAGGAAUUGUCGUUGGUUUGUGUAUUUGUGGUGUUCCAUUAGCAGUUAUGACUACAUUGUAUUUGCAACAGAAAUCACAAACUCAAACAUGUUCUAAUGGAACGACAGAUACAGUUGAUUCAAGUAGUUUACCUUCCCAAUGUAGUACAUACACAUCAAUUUCCGAUGUAACACGCCUUACUACAUGUACCGGUAAUUACUAUACUGAGUGUAGUUGGACAACUGGAUGGUAUCGAUUUUCAGGAAGUGGUGGUACUAAAUUAGCUACAACUCCGAGUAGCGUAAAUUAUUGUUGCACAGACUAUCCGGGUUGGUUCAAUGGUACUCUUCCAUCCACUUCUGGUUCAACAACAUUGGGUAUGUACUGUGUUAAUUAUAGUGGCAACUUGUGUUAUAGUUCAUAUUCGAUUUCCACGAUUCUUGUAACAAACUGUAAUGGCUAUUAUGUUUAUUAUCUGCCGUAUUUUUCUUAUUGUGGUAUUACACGAUAUUGUACUACGACAUGA